UCAGCAAAAUGAAGCGUGAGAUGGACGACAACAAAGACUCGUAUACUGCUCUGGUUAAAGACAAACUGGCACUGGACACAGAGAUCGCUUAUUACAGAAAACUGCUGGAGGCUGAAGAAAAAAGAAUUAAGAGUCCAUUGCUUAACACCCCCGAAAAAGGUAAACCAAGAGAGGGUCCUGGAGCACCCCCACCUCCCACGGCUGACCACACCAAGCAGGGUAAACGUAACAAGCCUCUAGGCCCUGAAGGAGAAAACCAGACAAAAGACGGAACAAAAUCUGUGACACGCUAGAAAGAGUGGACCAGUGUUUUGUUCAGAAAAGUACAGUAGGCACUCUACUGUAGAGCAACAAACCAAGCAGCUUUACUGAAUGUUCUUGUUUACCACAGUCUUUAGUUUACCCUCCACGAGUUAAGACCACAGCAAUACUUUUGAGAAACAGUUUGUUUUUUUACUGUUACCAUUUACCAAAAUUCUAAAAGAAUGAAACAAAUGUUUUGUGUGCACACCAUGAC